GAGGGACUGGAAAUCAAGAACAGCGGUGACCAUGACAAAAUCCCCGCAAUGGAGAAGCCGUAUAAAUAUCUUGAAAGUGGAGAAAGUUCCCAUUCCACUUCCCAUCCAAGAAAUCUCAUUGGGAAGAAACCAUAUCAGGGUGUGGAGUGUGGAAAGAGCUUCUGUCAAAGUGACCAUCUCACUUCCCAUGAAAUAAUUCAUACAGGGGAAAAACCCUAUCAGUGUGUAGAAUGUGGAAAGAGAUUCAGUAAGAGCAAACAUCUCGCUUCCCAUCAGAUAAUUCAUACAGGGGAGAGACCGUAUCAGUGUGUGGAAUGUGGAAAGAAUUUCCGUCGGAGUACCGAUCUCAUUUCCCACGAAAGAAUUCAUACAGGGGAGAAACCCUAUCAAUGUGUGGAAUGUGGAAAGAGAUUCCGUCGCAGCACCGAUCUCAUUUCCCACCAAAGAAUUCAUACAGGGGAGAAACCCUAUCAAUGUGUGGAAUGUGGAAAGAGCUUCAAUAGGAGCUCCUCUCUCAGUUGCCAUCAAAGAAUUCAUACAGGGGAGAAACCCUAUCAGUGUUUUGAAUGUGGAAAGAGCUUCAGCACGAGCUCCCAUCUCACUUCCCAUCAAAGAAUUCAUACAGGGGAGAAACCCUAUCAAUGCGGGAAAUGUGGAAAGAGCUUUAUCCAAGAAUCCUCUCUCAAUUUCCAUCACAGAAUUCAUACAGGGGAGAAACCCUAUCAGUGUGUGGAAUGUGGAAAGAGCUUUGGUCAGAGCUCCUCUCUCACUAUCCAUCAAAUAAUUCAUACAGGGGACAAACCUUAUCAGUGUGUGGAAUGUGGAAAGAGCUUCAGUCAGAGCGCCCACCUCUCUAAGCAUCAGAAAAUUCAUACAGGAGAGAAACCCUAUCAGUGUGUGGAAUGUGGAAAGAGCUUCACAGAAAACUCCUCUCUCAUUUCUCAUCAAAGAAUUCAUACAGGUGUUAAACCCUAUCAGUGCAUGGAAUGUGGAAAAAAAUUCAGGCAAACGUCCAAUCUCACUUGCCAUCAAAGAAUUCAUACAGGGGAGAAACCCUUUCAGUGUGUGGAAUGUGGAAAGAGCUUCUGCCAGAGCUCCUCUCUGUCUUCCCACCAAAGAAUUCAUACAGGAGAGAAACCCUAUCAGUGUGUGGAAUGUGGAAAGAGCUUCAAUCACAGGCACAGUCUCACUUCCCAUCAAAGAAUUCAUACAGGGGAGAAACCUUAUCAGUGCUUUGAAUGUGGAAAGAGCUUCAAUAAGAGUUGCUCUCUCACUUUCCAUAAAAGAAUUCAUACAGGGGAGAAACCCUAUCAGUGCGUGGAAUGUGGAAAAUGUUUCAGUCAAAAGGGCAGUCUCACUUCCCACCAAAGAAUUCAUACAGGGGAGAAACCCUAUCAGUGCGUGGAAUGUGGAAAGAGCUUCAGUACGAGCUCCACUCUCACUUCACAUCAAAGAAUUCAUACGGGGGAGAAACCCUUUCAGUGCAUGGAAUGUGGAAAGAGCUUCAUAAAGAGCUCAUUUCUCAUUUCCCAUCAGAGAAUUCACACAGGGGAGAUACCCUAUCAGUACAUAGAAUGUGGAAGAAGCUUCAGUAACAGCUCCAAUCUCAGUUCCCAUCAAAUAUUUCAUAUGUAGGAUGAAAAAAAUCCAUUAUACAGCUUUCAGCGCUAGGGAAAACACACCACUUUAAACAGGCCCUUGGCUGAUAGACAUCUAAUGCUCUUUUAAAAUGUGGUGGGGAGGUAGGGGUUACAUGUUUUGGGCUGUGUGUUUUGUGUUUUCAUAUUGUGAUUUUAUGUUGUAACCAUCCUGGGACCUGUUUGUGUAGGGAAUAGGAACCAACUCUUAGAAGCCGAGGGGUCUUUGCCCCCCCCAUAAAAAAUGUGAGGGGUCCACCCCCCAGUUCUUAGGAAUUGCCAUUGAAUGGAAUGCAAGCACCACAUCAUGUGACUGUUUAACCGAGGAGGGGCUUACUAAACCCUUCUAUAUUUUAUUCAAGUUGGGACCCCUGCU